CAAAGCAACUUGGACACAAUGGCUGAAGCACCCAAACCCCUUCCUUUCCACUACCAGUUCUUGUGUGGUGCCAUUGCUGGUAUUUCAGAAAUCUUGACCAUGUAUCCCUUGGAUGUCGUUAAAACGCGUGCUCAAUUGAAUACCGGCGCCAGUGUCUCGAUUGGACAGUCUUUCAAGCAGAUCAUCAAGACUGAAGGUGUGGGUGCUCUCUAUAGAGGUAUCAUUCCUCCCAUCUUAGUCGAGGCUCCCAAGCGUGCCACAAAGUUUGCUGCAAACGAACAAUACACAGCCCUCUACAAGCGUGUGUUUGGUUUUGACAAGUUGACCCAGUCCUUGGCCAUCAUGACCGGUGUCAGUGCUGGUAUCACUGAAGCCUUUUUGAUUGUUCCCUUUGAAUUGGUCAAGAUCAGAAUGCAGGACAAGGCCAAUGUCGGAAAAUACAAUGGUACAAUGGAUACAUUUGGAAAGAUUAUCAAGAAGGAGGGUCCUUUGGCCCUGUUCAACGGUCUUGAAGCCACUAUCUGGCGUCACGCCAGCUGGAACGGUGGUUACUUUGGUGUAAUCUUUGGUGUCAAGGGACUCUUGCCCCAACCAAAGGACAAGAACCAGCAACUCGCUGUCAACUUUGCCGCCGGUUCUACUGGUGGUUUCGUUGGUACGAUGAUCAACACUCCCUUUGAUGUUGUCAAGACCAGAAUCCAGGGUCACAGCGGUGAUGGUCCCAGACGUUACAACUGGACCUUGCCUUCAAUUGCCCUUGUUGCCCGUGAAGAAGGUGUCAGAGCUCUCUACAAGGGAUUCGUACCAAAGGUUCUUAGAUUGGGUCCUGGUGGUGGUAUCCUUCUUGUCGUCUUUGAGACAGUCUCCAACUUCAUCCGUCGCAACGUCCUCAAGGAUUAAUUUAAAAACGAUAGAUCAUAAUUAUAAAAAAAUCGGCUUCUAUUCUUUAAAAUACAAAUACAACAGAAAUCUAAUCUAUAAAUUGUUUCAAUAUUUUCAAAAACAAAAUGUAGUUAUUCUUCUUCUUCUUCUUCUUUAUAUAUAUAUUAAAUUAUAAUUUAUCUGGCUGGU